GGAUGGUGUGUCGCGCGACAUAGAAGAAGGAGGUUCACCGGAUGGCUUUGCCCCGACAAGACGUCCAUCGAGGGCAAGAUGGUCUGGGACCAGUACGAGCCCAAGAAGUGGACGGAUGAUGACCUGCAGAUGGACAUCGAAUGCUGCGGUAUUUGCAUGUCCGACCUCUCCACCAUGUCCGACGGCUGGGGUAAGGCUAAGCGUCCCCUCGUCGUUGGCCACGAGAUCGUCGGGAAGGUCACCCACGUUGGCGCCAACGUCAAGGGCGUCAAGGUCGGCGACCGUAUGGGUGUUGGAGCUCAGGGUGACUCGUGCCACAAGUGCUCCAACUGCGAGAGGGACGAGGAGCCCUUCUGCAAGGACGGCGUCGUCGGCACCUACAACGGCGAGUUCAAGAACGGCUCUGGCCCCUCAUUCGGCGGCUACGCCCUCAAGUGGCGUGGCGAAGCCCACUUCGCUGUCAAGAUCCCCGACGGUCUCGAGUCCCACAUCGCUGCCCCCCUCAUGUGCGGUGGUAUCACCAUCUUCUCCCCCUUGCACCGCUACGGCACGGGCACCAAGGACGUCAAGAAGGUCGGCAUCGUCGGUGUCGGCGGUAUUGGCGCCUUUGGUCUCGCCUUCGCCAAGGCCCUCGGCGCAGAGACGGUCGUUGCCAUUGGUCACUCGCCCUCCAAGAAGGACGCAGCCAUGCAGCUCGGUGCGACCGACUACAUCUCUACGGCCGACGGUAGCAAGGAGCUGCUUGGCAAAUACAAGCAGGACCUCGACCUCAUCAUCAACACGGCCAACCACACCUCGCAGGACUACGCUUCCCUCAUCAAGUGCCUUCGCCCGCGCGGACACAUUGUCAACAUCGCCAUCCCUCACGGUCCCGUCUGCCCUAUCCCCAUUGGAGCGCUUAUUAGCACGGGAGCUGCCAUGGGAGGGUCUUGCGUCGGUGGACCAAAGGAGAUUGCGCAGAUGUUGCAGCUCGCAGCCGACAAGAAGCCCAACUUUAUGAUCGAGAAGCGUAACCUCAGCGAUGCCAAUCAGGCAGUCGUUGAUAUGGAGGCUAACAAGGCGCGUUUCAGGUACUGCCUCAUCAACGACCAGGCUGGCAAGUGACUGCCAGAGCG